AUGUUCGACUGGGACCAGGAGUGGAACAUCUCCUUUGCGGGCUGCGGCUUCAGGAGUAUUUACCACCUGGGGGCUCUGAGCUGCAUCCUGGAGCGGGUCCCACGGCUGGUUCACGGAGCCUCUAAGAUCUGUGGAGCCUCCUCUGGUUGCCUGGUGGCCGCGGCCCUGACGGUCGGGAUUCCCAUGGAGCAGUUCAGUGCUGAUGUUCUGACUCUGGCCAAAGAGGCCAGAAAACACACUCUGGGAGUUUUCCACCCGACCUUCAGUCUGCUGCGGGCGGUGCAGGACAUCCUGCUGGAGAAGCUUCCGGCAGACGCCCACCUCCGGGCCUCCGGAAAGCUCUGCGUGUCCCUCACCAGACUGUCGGACCGGCAGAACGUUUUGGUGUCAGAGUUCGACAGCAGGGAGGAGCUGAUUCAGGCUCUGUUGUGCAGCUGCUUUUUCCCCGUUUACUGUGGCUUCAUCCCACCUUCAUACCACGGAGUGCACUACAUGGACGGAGCCCUGAGCAACAACCUGCCUCUGUUCGAGCAGAGGAACACCAUCACCGUCGCCCCGUUCUCUGGCGAGAGCGACAUCUGCCCCCGGGAGGGAACCUUCAACUUCUUCGAGGUGCACUACGGCAACGUGAGCAUCCAGGUCAACACCGGCAACGUGCAUCGGAUCUGCACGUCCUUCCUGCCUCCCGGACCCGAGACGCUGGCUGAGAUCUGUCACAACGGCUACAUGGACGCUCUUCAUUUCCUGAGGGAAAGAGAUCUGCUUGGGACACAGUGCCUUCCGCCAAGUUGGAUGUCGGAGACGGACGCGGCGAAGGAAGAGUCCGAGCAGACGCUGUCGAAUGGACAAAACCCUCGUCGGGAAGAUGGUCGGCGGCCGGGCCUGAAGGUCACGGAGAGUCUCCCAGCGGGCAUCAAGAAAGUGAGAGCGGCCAUGUGUCUCCUGGCCUUCCUCGCGCUGCCCGUGGAGCUCGUCUUCUCACUCGCCAGAAGUUUUUACACUUACAGCUUAUUAUCGCUGUUAACGUCGACCUCGGACCUCCGGCACACGUGGAGCUGCGACGGCGAGGACCCCAACAGGUGUGUGCCCUCGGAACGGCCGAACCCUUCACUGGGACAACAACAACAACCUGGACCUCUUCUGCCUCACACCGGUCUGUUCAGGUCCGUCUAG